UGAUGGAUACUGAUCAACCCACACACUGCAGACCACAUAAUUUCUCCUCAUACAUGGCUUCCACCCAACUAUUAUGUUUGUUUGAUGUCUCCUCAGGACGUAUGCGGAUGGAGCAGAGUCGCGGCGUCUCCUGGAGCUGAUCCAACCAUCCCGUCUGAGGCGGUCGUUUUGUGCCCCCCGCCCCCUAGUGAGGUUUCUUGCACGGCGCACGGUGGAGAAACCAGACGGCCUUUCCCGCUCUGCGCCGUCGACCGGCAGAAAACAGCGUGCCAGUUGGAUCUGCGUUCUGCUGCUGCUGCGUCGCACCUCUCGAAGUGAGAAGACUCGCUCUGCCAAUGUGCGUCCCCAGCAUCGCAAACUUGGAUCGUCGCCUCUUUUCGUGGAAAGACUCAUCUCCACCUCUGAAAACCUUUUGUCACUGCUGACUAACGAUGUAUUGACAAAUUGUGUGACACUGUAUGGAUACUUUUUUUUUUAUCCCCUAACUGGCUUUUACUAAACUGUCAGACGUCAACUUUUCCCUUGCGGAUGAAGCUUUGCUUGCUCUGUCUAUGUGAAAGUGCGUCGGGCAUAACCGGAGUGCGCACACGUUUAAUUCAUCGCGGCGGGAGCAUGGGAUUUUAAACUACAGCAUGUGGAGUCGUUCCUAAGGACCGCAUCGCUGCUCUCCGUGGGUGUAUGGAGAAGAGCAGCCUGAGAAUGACAGGCGGAACCCGGGAGGCGCCGGUGAACAUCUCUCCGGCGGUAGCGGCCAACGCAGAAGGCGAGGAGAUCGAGGUUUUGGAAAGUACCGAAGUCAUCCCAGUGGCUCCAGAAGAACAAUGGAAGUCUCUGUUUGACAAGUAUGACCCCGAAAACUCAGGCUUCAUCAGUACAGAGCGGUUCAGGGACCUGCUGGCCACCCAUGGCUCUGAGCUCGACCCCCACAAACUGGAAGUCCUGUUGGCCCUUGCUGAUGGCAAUGCUGAUGGAAAGAUCUGUUAUCAGGACUUUGUCAACCUGAUGAGCAACAAGCGCUCCAACAGUUUCCGGAGGGCGAUUCUGCAGGGCAGCAGGCAGCUAAAAGGCUGCAGUCUCAGAGACGAGGCAGGCUUAGGACUGUCCCAGCGGUUGGUCCGCCACGUUGCCUAUGAGACGCUACCCCGUGAGGUCGACCGCAAGUGGUACUUUGACAGCUAUACCUACUGUCCCCCUCCCUGGUUCAUCCUGGCUAUCACCAUCGCAGAGGUAGCUGUGUUCAUGUACUAUGGGUGCCAGAUGGACCGCUUGGUCCUGCAAGUUUCCAGUCCAUCCUUCCUUAAAAGUCCCCUACCUUACCAUCCUCAGCUACGAGCCCAGGCCUGGAGGUAUCUCAGCUACAUUUUCAUGCACACUGGGAUUGAACACCUGAGCCUGAACAUGGCCAUGCAGCUGCUGGUGGGCGUCCCUCUAGAAAUGGUCCACGGUGCCCUGAGAAUUGGACUGGUCUAUGUGUGUGGUGUGUUAGCAGGGUCUCUGGCCGUGUCUGUCACGGAUAUGACGGCACCGGUGGUUGGCUCGUCUGGGGGAGUCUACGCCCUGGUCUCUGCACAUUUAGCCAAUGUAGUAAUGAAUUGGUCAGGAAUGAAGUGUCAGUUUAAGUUAUUUCGGAUGGCCAUGGCUCUGGUUUGCAUGAGUGUAGAGUUUGGUCGAGCAGUAUGGCUCCGGUUCUACCCUCCGGCCUUUCCUCCUUGCCCGAAUCCCAGCUUUGUAGCUCACCUGGGAGGAGUGGUGGUCGGCCUGACGCUUGGUGUGGUUGUUCUGCAGAACUAUGAGCAGCGGCUCCAGGAGCAGUCCCUGUUUUGGAUAUUUUUCUGUGUCUACACCUUGUUUGUGCUCUGCGCUGUUUUCUGGAACAUUUUUGCCUAUAGCCUGCUUGAUGUGCGACUGCCCCCACCACCAUGAGUUGCUUAUUAGAGGCACAGAAGACACUGUAUCCCUUUUAUUCCUCCCUUGGUAGACGCCUGACCGCCCGACUGGAUGAGUCACCCGGGCCUUCACUAACCGAGCCUCAUCUUGAGCCAGUCAGAGUUGUCUGACAACCGCUUUACUCAUACAUCCAGUGCUCCGAUGCAAUGAUACUUGGCAUGCAGAAGCCCUCUGUGUUACACUAAACUUUUUUGGACACGUGUGCUAUGUUUUCUGGUUAAGCCUUACAUUGGCUCACACUCACCAUACAAGCUAAUCUCCACUCGUUCUUUGUCUCCAUGUCUGCUGGAUGUUGGUGUCAAGAGUAUCAACCAGUGGGACAGAAGGCAGAAGAAGAGCUGUCUGCAUGGCCUGACCUUCUCUGCCUCUUUUCCCUCGAUCCAAUGGUGCCUAUUCAUGGAGACAUCAGCCUGAUGAAAGUAGUUCUGCACAAUUGCCUGUAGUGUAGGGUGACAGCAGUAAAAUCCUACAACCAUUUUCUGAAGGGAGACGUCUCUGAAACUCCUCUAAAUGAAGGAGAGUAUAUCAGAACUUAGUCUAAGCUGGUGUUUUGUCAUCAUUACAAGCACCCCAUGAGCAUGAGAGGAUAUAACAGGCAACAGGAUAGUCAAUCUUCCCCAAGUUUCACAGGAAACGGAGGAGUGUGUAGGCACAGUUUACCUUCAGAGGUUAUUAUGAAUUUACCGUUUGAAGGAGACUGUGGGUUCAGGGUUCAGUCAAUUUGUGUUCGGCACAAUUUCAACCUCAAACUUGUGUCUUUCGUGUGUUUGGAAGGAGUGCAACAAAUGUAUCAUUGUGUGUGCGAAAAGAAAAGAAGCGGAAGUGCCAUUCAGGCUUUUUGCUUAAAAAAAUAUGCCAAAACAUUGUUAAUAGCAGCAAGAGCACAGCCUGUAACAAGUGUUGCUUUUUUUGACGUGAAAUAGGUCUAAUUUUUUCAGUUGAAUGCUAUAUUUUCUCUAACAAAUGUUUUACUGACACCAAGAAGAGUAAAGUUAUUUUCAUUUUAAGUAGUUUUUGCAAAGGUGAAAAUAAAAAUCUGCAAAGAGUUAAAAGAAGUUUAUUUAUUGAAAUGUAAUAAAUACACACAGCAGUAAAGACAUCCGGGCCAUUCUGAAUACAUCUUUUUUUUCUUUUUCUUCAUUACCAAAUGUAGACAAACACACAUGCCUGACCUCGAAUACAUCUGGGCUGGGGUUGUUUCCCUCUCAGUUCAGGAUCAACUGGGCAAAGAAAUCAAUGGUCUUCUCAUUAGUUCCUGACACAACUUAAUUUGUUAAUUGAUUGAACCGAGACAGUAAGCGACCCCAGCCCCAAGCUGUAAGUCUUAAACUGUACUGUAUUCUAACCUCAUGUUACACUGGUAACUGCUUGGCACAAACAUAAUGUAAUUACAUACAGAUUAAUAUUUUAACAUGUGUUUGCUGUUGAUUUUUUUAAAAAGAUUGUGAUAUUGGUAUGUUGUGUAAAUCGUCUGGUCAGUCUGCAUUGUGAUAUGUUAGCUAUAUACUAUAUGUGUCCUAUUUAAAGAUUGAUUAUUAAUGGCCUGGGAUUGUAUAUAAUAAGGGCUAUGGCACAAAACUGAAUGAGGGGCAAAUCACUGCUAUUUUAACAUUGUGCAUAUUUUCUAGAUUUGAUAUGUAAAUACUGGAGUGCAUUAAACAGUUUUAUACAGAAACAAAUACUGAUGUAUUGGAUUUUUGCAAUCUCUGUGAUAGACUGACAGCCUGACCAGAGUGGACCCCGCCUCUCGCUCUGUAACACCUGAGACAAGCCCCAGUCCACCUCUGACCCUGAACUAGAAAAGUGGUUAAGAUGACGUAUGGCUUGAUUUUGCCCUCUUCUGUACCAGUUUUUUUUAAUGAUGCUGUUUGUCCAUCUGUCACACAAUUUUACAAUAAUAUAUUUUAGCAAUGUAGAAUCUGAAUGUGCCCAACAAUAAGUGUACUGUUCAUCUUUGUUGUGAGUGUUUGGACUCAUGCAUGCCUUUGUUAUUGUUUUUCCAUUUGCUCGGGGUGGCUCCAACUCUCUGUUACUACAGCAUCCUGACAGCAGGUCAUAGCACGUUCUCAAAUAUUUUAAGCCAAGAAAUAUCUUGACCAAAUAAAUUUGUUUCAUACAUGGAUAUAUAUACACACACACUGGACUGAUCAAAUAAAAUCAUUUCAAAUAUUUUAAUCAAAGAUUGAAACACAAAAUGCCAAAACAUUUGGCAGUUGGAUUAAAGGAGGAGGAAAUGAAGUACAGACCAGCAGGUCUUCUUUCAGCUGCAUCUUCUUUUGGCUGCUCCUGUUAGAGCAGGGGUAGGGAACUCCAGGCCUCGAG